AUGUCUACGGCCUAUCUCUCAAGUCCUAUUUCUCCUGUUACCUCUCAAUUAGGGCGACUAGCAUUACUUCCCAAGAGCACAGAUGACCGUAAUUCCAAUUACCAGUCUAUAUCGGGGUUGGAUGAAGCUCGGACAAAUGGGGAGUCCUGGGACUCUUGGGGGGAUCGAGAUGUUCUGAAAACGGUUCAAAGCAUGAUAGAUUAUCUGGCCUGGCAUUCGAAACCCAACCACGGUCGUUCGACCGAAAUAGAACAUAGAGCCCCUGUUGCCAAAGGUGCGGAUGUGACGAAACCCUUUCAACUUCGAGCACCUCAGAGCAAGCAGAGGCGAUCUUCCAAUGAUCGACGCUAUGUUCAUCCCCCGGCAUCGAGAAAAAAGUACUUUGUUGUAUUCCCCUGUAUUUAUUCGAUCGAUCAAGACCGAAUCAUCUGCCGGCUCGACGAAAAUUUCCAGCAACACCCAGUUAUAUCUCGACCGAUGCAGAUAAAAACAAUCUUGAGCUUACAAGGGAUGGAAUAUUGUCUCGAUGAGAGCGGAGAUUUGUGGUACAAAAUCGACCGUGAUUGGAUCAAGGAGACGUUCUACACGGAGAUAAAUUGCGCCCUGAUGGAGACAAUCUUCCAUGUGUUCCUGGGAGUUCAUGGAUUCCCUCUUCUCCGAGCGACUGUUCUUUCGGAAACACUUCUAGUGGACCAAGCAGCCCAACGCUUAGCACCGGAUCCAAUGAGCUACAUGUUCUACCUCAACUUGGUCAAAAUCCGGACCAAGCAGAGAUCGAUAACUGGUUCCAAAAGCUAA